AUGAUCCUGGAACACCUCGGUUUUGGCUCGCUGAAGAUUGUUGGACUUGCGCUGCUAGCUGGUCUCCUAUUCCGUGGAAUCCUCAACAAGUAUGGUCGUGGAUUGCACAAUAUCCCCGGGCCAUGGAUAGCAGGCUUUUCAGACUUGUGGAGGCUGUUUCUCGUUCGCCGCCGUCACGCGCAGGAAGAGCACAUCGCGCUGCACCAAAAGUAUGGACCUAUAGUGAGACUCGGUCCCCGAGCGGUGUCCAUUGCCGAUCCUGAUGCAAUCAAGAUCAUCUACAGCCCUAGUGCUGGAUGGUCAAAAUCUCAAUUCUAUCCGGUGCAGCAAGCUCUUGCGAAGGGCAAAAGGCUUGAGACCAUGUUCAACACGGCAAACGACAGGUAUCAUGCAAAGCUGCGUCGAUCUGUGUCUAAUGCAUAUGCUAUGAGCACAUUGGUGGCUUUUGAGCCAUUCGUCGACUCAACCUCAAUUGAGUUCCUCAAGCAGCUUAAGACGAGAUUUGUGGACAAGCCCGGCGAAGAUGGCAUAUGUGAUUUCGGUGCUUGGCUACAAUUCUAUGCCUUUGAUGUUAUCGGAGAGUUGACAUUCUCGAAGAGGCUGGGAUUCGUAGAGAAAGGGGCUGACGUCGACAAUAUCAUUCGCGAUUUGGAAAGCUUCCUCGACUACGUUUCUUGGGUCGGACAAAUCCCCUUUUUAGACAACCUCCUCAUUAAGAACCCUCUCAAACUGUGGGCAGCUCAGAGCGGCCUCAUCAAUACGAGUGCACCUGUCGCGCAAUUUGCGAGAAAGCACAUCACUGAGCGCCAGCAUGAUGAGUCUUUGGGCGAGGAAAAGUCUAAAAGAAGGGAUUUCCUCAACAGAUUCAGGGAAGCUAGAGCAAAAGAUCCCGACUUCAUUACGGAGCAGCUCGUUCUAGCGCUCACCGUCGCCAAUAUGUUUGCAGGGUCCGACACCACCGGCAUCACCAUGCGAGCCGUUUUCUACUUUCUGUUGAAAAAUCCCUCCACGAUGGAUAGUCUCUUGGCGGAGAUAUCUGAAAAGAGCAAGGCUGGGGGGUUCUCUCGAGAGGACGGCCUUCCGCAGUGGGAAGAAGUCAGGGACAUGCCAUACCUAGGCGCCGUGAUCAAUGAAUCCUUACGCUGUCAUCCAGCAGUAGGCCUCACAAUGGAAAGAAUGGUGCCGGCCAAUGGUGUCAAACUAGCAGGCUACUUUUUGCCCGGAGGAACAAUUGCUGGCUGCUCCGCUUGGGUGCUUCAUCAAGAUACAGAUGUGUACGGCAAGGAUGCAGCCGAUUUUCGCCCGGAACGAUGGCUCGAAGCAACUCCGGAACAGCGGCGGAAGAUGAACAAUACUUUGUUUUCGUUCGGUGCGGGAGCAAGAACUUGUAUUGGCAAGAACAUCUCCCUUCUAGAAUUAUACAAGCUUGUCCCUGCGAUCCUACGGAAAUUCGAGCUCGAGUUGGCUCACGCUGAAGCAUCUUGGAAAACGCAUAAUGCUUGGUUCGUACGACAAAGAGAAUUCUACGUCCGGCUGAAGGAAAGAAAGCAAAUUCUGUAG